AUGCCUCUUUCACCGAAGCUGAAGCUAUUCCUGAACCCUUACUCAAAUUGUAGCAGAGCUAUUUCCAUGGCCUCCAAGGAUUUUCUGCUACUCAAGCCUUCCCCAGCUCCCGCUGCCCACGCGCGCGUGCUCCCGCUCCAUUCUUGUUCGCAGGCGCGCUGUUUUCACUCCAAUAGCAGGAAAAAUGUCUCGUUUUUCGCCAAUACGAGACACUUGCCAGCAAUUUAUCAGAAGGCCUAUGGAUAUAGUUACAGCCCAGCCAUGCCCAUUUCUAGACCGAUAUCUGGUGCCGGUAUAGGGACCGUGGAGAAUCAGUUUGUAGAUGAAGAACAACUUAUCAUAUUACGGCAAAAGUUGCAUGACAUUGGAAUUGACCCAAAACCUUGUUUGCCAGGGCAGUUCAAUAGCUUGAUUUGUCCAAGAUGUAAGGGUGGGGAAUCAGAGGAGAAGAGCUUAUCUCUUAGUAUUGAACCGGACGGGAGGUCAGCAGUUUGGAUUUGCUUUCGAGGUAAAUGUGGGUGGACAGGCUCAACCCGAGCAUAUGCAGGUGUAUCAUCGACUUAUGCAAAAAUGAAUGAAAUCACGAAAGUCAAGCAACCACCUAGAAAAAUCACUGAGGAGAGUUUGGAAUUAGAGCCGUUGUGUAAUGAGCUACUUGGAUAUUUUGCUGAGCGGUUGAUAUCUGGAGAUACAUUACGAAGAAAUGGUGUCAUGCAGAAAAAAAGUGGAGAACAUAUUGCUAUUGCUUUUACUUACUGGAGGAAUGGAGAGCUUGUAAGCUGCAAAUAUCGUGAUAUCACCAAAAAAUUCUGGCAGGAAGCCAAUACUGAAAGAAUCUUUUAUGGACUUGAUGAUAUAAAGCAAUCAAGUGAUAUCAUCAUUGUUGAAGGUGAAAUUGACAAACUCUCAAUGGAAGAAGCUGGCUUCAGAAACUGUGUGAGUGUCCCUGAUGGUGCUCCUGCAAAAGUCUCGAAUAAGGCAUUACCCUCUGAAGAUGCGGACACCAAGUUUCAAUUUCUAUGGAACUGCAAAGAGUAUACAGAUAAGGCAUCUCGCAUUAUUCUUGCCACGGAUAAUGAUCCACCUGGUCAAGCCUUAGCUGAAGAAAUUGCAAGGCGCUUGGGGAAAGAAAGGUGUUGGAGGGUGAAAUGGCCUCAAAAGAGUGACACUGAAUGUUUCAAAGAUGCAAAUGAGGUGCUUAUGUAUAUGGGUCCUGAUGCAUUGAGGAAUGUCAUUGAAUCUGCUGAGCUUUACCCAAUAAGAGGUCUGUUCAAUUUCAAAGAUUACUAUGAUGAGAUUGAUGAUUACUAUCAUCAGUUCCUUGGUUAUGAGCUUGGUGUCUCGACUGGAUGGAGAGAUCUCAAUGACUUGUAUAAUGUUGUGCCCGGAGAAUUGACAAUCGUAACAGGAAUUCCAAAUUCAGGCAAGAGUGAGUGGAUUGAUGCUCUAUUAUGCAAUCUUAACCAUAGUGUUGGUUGGAAAUUCGCACUUUGCUCGAUGGAAAACAGGGUACGAGAACAUGCAAGGAAACUUCUAGAGAAACAUUUAAGGAAGCCUUUCUUUGAUAUUAGAUACGGGCAGCAUAUUGAGAGGAUAAGCGUUGAGGAGUUGGAAGUAGGAAAAAAAUGGCUCAGCGAUUCAUUUGCCUUGAUAAGGUGUGAGAAUGAUUGCCUUCCGAGUAUAGAUUGGGUUCUUAAUCUCGCAAAAAUUGCAGUUCUCCGCCAUGGGGUUAAUGGACUUGUGAUUGACCCGUAUAACGAACUUGACCAUCAACGACCCCCUAACCAGACUGAAACAGAAUAUGUGAGUCAGAUGCUGACGAAAGUCAAACGGUUUGCGCAACAUCACUCGUGUCACGUUUGGUUCGUGGCUCAUCCGAGACAGUUGCAUAAUUGGGUUGGUGGGCCACCGAAUAUGUACGACAUUAGCGGUAGUGCGCAUUUUAUUAACAAAUGUGAUAACGGUAUUGUUAUCCACCGUAACAGAGAUCCAGAAGCUGGUCCAGUCGAUUUAGUUCAGGUUUGCGUGAGGAAAGUGCGUAAUAAAGUUAUAGGAACAAUUGGAGAUGCUUAUCUAACGUAUAACAGGGUCACUGGUGAGUACGGGGACAUUGACAAGUCAUCCCAAAAUGAGAAGCGCAAUGAGAAGCGCAGAUAA